GAGUCAAAGGUGGGUGAGAGAGAGAGAGACUAAAUCAAUCAAGAAUUUAGGAGAGGGAGACGUGUUUCUGCUGAUUCAUCUUUAGGGGCCAAGAACAAAGCUUGUAUAGUUGUCCUCUGUCUCUGCUUUAAUGCUUUCUCUUUCUCUCACUUGUUUGGUCCUAACAAAGAUUCCUUUCCUUGUCCCUCGGCAAAGAUAAGGAUAUCUUUAAACUUGUGUCAUCUCGUUGCUGUAAUAAUCUCAGAGAAAUCGAAAAUGGGUUCAACAGUUCACUACUGUUGUGUCUCAAGAGGCAAUCAGAUUCUGUACGGUUACAACAAUGGCGGAGACCACCACCGUAACGAAAGUCUCGCUGCCUUGUGUUUAGAAAAGACUCCGCCUUUCCACAAGUGGUACUUCGAAACCAUAAGUAAGAGGACCUUUGGGUUCUUGAUUGAAGAAGAUGGGCUCGUGUAUUUCGCCAUUGUUGAUGAGGUUUUCAAGAGAUCUAGCGUUCUUGAGUUCCUUGAGAAUCUGAGGGAUGAGUUAAAGAAAGCAGACAAGAAGAAUUCAAGAGGAAGCUUCUCUGGGAGUAUCAGUUUUAACAAUGUUCAAGACCAGCUUGUUCGAAGACUCAUAGCUUCGUUAGAGCGUGUUGCUGAGAGUACUAAUCAUCCCACUUGUCUUCCGUUAUCAUCACCUUCCAUUGAUGGUGCUGGACAAAGCGAUGUGGCUAUUUCCACUAAAGCCCCGCUUUUGGGAAGAUCCAACAAGCAAGAGAAGAAGAAGAAGAAAGGGAAAGAUCAUGUGAACACAUUGAGAGGCGUUGAGGUAGAGGAACAACGGAAAUCUACUGAUAGAGGAAACGUUACUGAGUGUUCUAAUGCCUCAUCUGCAGCAGCAGCAGCAGCAACAUAUGUUCCAAGAAGGGAUCGAUCUAGUGGCUCGCAGAGCUUUGAAAAGAAGUGGCGGCGUCAAGUGAAGAUUGUUCUUGUCAUUGAUGCAGCUAUUUGUUUGACUCUACUUGGUGUUUGGUUGGCCAUUUGUCAGGGCAUUCAGUGUAUACGUUCUUGAUUAACAAGCCCUCUUCUCCUCUAAGUUCUUACUUUCACCUUGAUUGAUUGGUCUAUUAUUCUUUCUCAUAUGUAUUUCCUUUUCUGUAAUUCUGAUAUAGAGACUGCAGUUUGAUCGUCGAACGGAACACUUCUCGGAGCGGGGAGACGGUCUGACUGGUCGAAAAGACCCCUCCGAUGAGCCCGUCUCCUGGGUCUUACGACAAGGCUAGGCGCUUCAGAACCACUCGCCUCUCUAUCCUCGUCCUCAACGUUUCCUUCGAUUUCUUCGCGAAACUGCCUAUGGGCGUCAGCGACCAGAAGACGCUGGGAAAGGCUCAUGUUCUCCGUAUCCCGCAGAGCAUCACGAUGGAUUAUGUCGAAAUCCUCCAACGGACCCCCGUCCGCAUCCCUAGCCGGGCUCGGCGAGGUAGCUAUAUCUUUCCCUUUUUCCUCGCGCGAUAACCGAUUCCCUGGAGCCAUAUCCUUUCUACUCGGGGGGACGACUAAACUAGCUAGAUCGCUAGCAGAAAACCCUAUGCUACAGAAGGCUUAUCUAGAGAGAGAAAAUAAAAGUAGAGAGAAGGGAGAGAAAGUGGAAUACCUGAGUCUGCAGAGAAGAAUGACGAAAGCAAAGGAGAGACGCCUAUUUAUAGCAAAAACGAGGCGCAUUCUUCGAAGCAUCAUCAUUAGGUCUACAAAGGCCUAAAUGGGCUUCAAAGGCCGCCUAAAUGCCCAAAAACCUACUCGCGACGGUUCGGUUUCUCGCCCAAACCGGUUUUCAAUCAAGAAACCGGACCGAAAUUAAUCUCCGGUUCUAGCCCGAACCAACUCAACAGAGUUAACCAUCCAAAGACCGCCUGGACUCCUAAUUCGAGAAGUUCAUCUCCCGAGUAAAACCACCUGGGCCCUUAGUCAGAGAAUUUUACCUCGAGUAAAACACAACGCAUCGUGAGAAGACGUAACGCGGAGCGACCAGACGCGGCACGCGACUAAAACCAUACACUGGUAAAACGAGCUGUCGCUGGCAUUAGGUCAUGUUAUAUGAACGAACCUGACCCACAAAUUCACUGAGACCGACAAGCCGCUCACAAGUGAACUGGGGGGGACUUAUUGUAGGAGAUGGAUUACAUCCCUCCACAAAGCCCAUCAAAUAACAGGCCCUAGCCCGACAAGGUCGAUCGAGCUUAGUCGGCUUAGCGGCUAGAGACGUCGGCUCGACCCUAGAGUACUUUAAGCCGGUCAGCUAAGCCGAUCAGCUAUACUCGGCUUGGACAAAACAGUACCAAGGCCCGCAUACUCGGCCUUUGGGCGGCAAGGCCCAAAGGACAGGCGCGAUUAGGGCAUCACACACAAGGGCACUAUAAGAGGGAAGGAGGAGGCAACGAAAAGGGGACUUUUUGGACAAACUACACACUAAGCGGCUAGAUUUAGGGUUUCCCAUCGAUCACUCUGAUCUUGUUGUUUAAACCUCUAUCUUGUCUCCUUAUUUUCCCGACAAUCUUGUAAUCCCUUGUUUGAUUCUAAUAAAACGUCUUUAGUCACCCCAUCUUGAAGUUCAUCUUUCCCAUUGACUGAAUCUCGUACAAACAAUCUUCAUGGGCUUCUCAGUAUUGUCCUGAAAGCUAUACCUAUCCUCCUCCACCUCCCGAGUAUACACACCCUCCUACUACACCUUCAUAUACCACUCAGCCUUACUCUCAGCCGCCUUCUCAAAGCCAUGGCAAUGAUAAGAGGAGGUUGGAGCGCAAGUACUCAAAAAUCUCUGAUGAGUACUCCUCUUUGGAGCAGGGGUCCGAUCUCAGGAACAAUGCAGCAACCACCAGAGUUGUGGUCCGCCUCUUAAUCGAACCGUUAGCUUUUCCAUGUGAAAUGAGUCGAGUCUACUGCUGGGUUUA